AUGGCCACCCUGCGCGACCUCCCUCGUGCUGGCCGACACGUUCUCAGUGCUGUGUCCCACCUGAAGUCAUGUCCAGCAGGUCUGCAAAGAUGUGCUUCGUCUGAUGCUGCCGUUGCGGCAUCGACGUCGAAUGCGACCACCGCACCCGUCAUCCCCGACAUUGAACUGGAUUCAGGUCUGGCUAGUCCCAUUCUCACCAGAGACGAUAUUCACAUUGCCGAUCCGCGAAAGAGAGCAAGUCGUAGGAACUACGAGCUGCCGCACGAGAGAUACCGAUACCAUCCUCCCAAGUACUACCGGGGACCUCUACACCCAGUCCAACCCCCGCCAGCCUCCGAUCCAGUCGCCCGUAACUUCGCUCCUGGGCCCUUCAAUUUCCCUCGCCUGAAGCAGACCUUCCAUUCCACUAUUGCCUCGGACAUCAUGACCAUGAUGUACCAGCACACUCCUCCUGGCACGCCUGACAAGCCCGAACGGAUACGGCUGCGAGAAUGGGACGAGACUUCGCCGUACAUGAGCAAUCGGCCGAAGCGAGGCCCCCGAGGCCACGAUGUUCUCUUCCCACUCGAGAGGAGUAUCGACUGGCGCAACGUUCCGGAAAUUCGCGCGGUCCAUAUUAACAUGUACAUGCCAAAGGCAAAGAAGAACGCGGACCACCUCAUCGUGGGUCGUGCCGUGUUACAGAGCAUCACUGGCGUCCGACCAGUGGUCACGACCAGCAAGACGAGUGUUGCCCAAUGGGGUGUCAUCAAGGGUGACAGGACGGGUGUCAAGUGCACGGUGCGAGGGCAUCAGGCCUACGAGUUUGUAGACAAGGUCAUCAACCUCGUCUUCCCCAAGAUCAAGGAGUGGAAGGGUAUCCAGGGGUCUACCGGAGACAGCACGGGCAAUAUCGGCUGGGGCUUUGAACCACAAGACAUGCUGCAUUUCCCCGAGGUCGAAGCCAACUACUCUCUUUACCCUGCCAAGAUGAUACCAGGCUGCCGCAUCGUUCUCGAGACCACAGCAAAGUCCGACAGGCAUGCUAGAAUUCUUUGCGAGGCACUGGGCAUUCCAUUCUUUGGCAAGUUGGUGGAUUGA